AUGUCUCAAGACACUUUUAGAUAUCAUUUCUAUAACAAUCCAACUGUACUUAUUGCUGUUGCUGGUGGAACUGCUUCAGGGAAAACAACAUUUUGUCAAGAAAUUGCAAAUACAUUAAAAGGAGAGAAAUUUGUAGUUAUUUCACAAGAUUCAUUUUAUAGACCAUUAACAAAAGAAGAACAUGAUAAUGUUGCUGAAUAUAAUUUUGAUUCACCAAGUUCAUUUGAUUGGGACUUAAUAAUUGAUACAUUAAAAAAAAUAAAGGCAAAGAAAAAUGUAUCAUUACCAGUAUAUGACUAUGUUACUCAUUCAAGAAAACCAGAUUGGGUUUCAGUUGAAACUGGAGAUGUUGUAAUAUUUGAAGGAUUAUAUACAUUUUAUCAAAUGAAAGAAUAUGAAAAUUAUUUUGAUAUGUUUGAUUUAAAAAUAUUUAUUGAAUCAGAUAAUGAUACUAGACUUGCAAGAAGAAUUUUAAGAGAUAUUAAUUAUCGUGGAAGAACACUUGAUUCUGUAUUAUUUCAAUAUAAAAAAUUUGUUAAACCUGCAUAUGAUAAAUGGGUUUAUCCACAACGUAAAAGAGCUGACAUUAUUGUUCCAUGGGGAGAAAUCGAAAAGGCACAAACACCAGGAGUAUUAUCACAAAUGCCAGCAUUAAAGAUGGUUUCUCAAUAUAUUGAACAAUUUUUCAUACAAAGACCAUAUAAAAAGAUUUCAAGUAUGAAUAAUUUUCAAAUUAGUGCUGAUUUAGACUAUCAAAAAGGAAGUUUUGAAUUAACUACAAAAAUUCAAAUGAACAACCCUUCUAAUACUCCUCCUGUUCCUUUAAUAUUAUUUCCCAAACUAGAUCAAUCUAUUGUUGAUGAAUGUAUUAAUCAAGCUGGUGGUGAUAUUGGAAAAGUAGCUGAAUUACUUGCUAUGUCAGUUGGACCAUUAAAUUAUGAUGAUGAAGAUGAAUUAUUAAAUAAUAGUGAAGAUGGAAGGACUAGUGAAAGUAGUGAGGAUAAUUGUAAUAUCCCACAAAAUACAUUACAAGCCCAACCUUUACCUCCAUCAAUAAACGAAAAAUGGGAGGAAUUAAAAAAGAAAUUAAGUUCAGAGGAAAUACAAGUAAUUGAAGAUGUGUUUAGAUUAAAACUACAUCAAAUGGUUGAGACGUUAAGUCAAGAAUUAUUCACUAAAUAA